CGUCGCGUUUACCUGCUGUUUGUCUCCGUUAUCAGGGAAAAUGACUUCUGCACUGUCUGAUCCAACCCUAGAGAGACAUUUCAAGGGUCACAGAGACACUGUGACAAGUGUGGACUUCAGCUGCAACAUGAAACAGAUCGCCACGGGCUCCAUGGACUCUUGUGUUAUGAUCUGGAACAUGAAGCCUCAGAUGCGAGCGUAUCGGUUAGAUGGACACAAAGAUGCUGUCACUUCAGUUCACUUUUCUCCCUCCGGCCACCUGGUGGCCUCCGCCUCCAGGGACAAGACUGUACGUCUCUGGGUGCCCAGCAUGAAGGCUGAGUCAACGUCAUUCAGAGCUCACACUGCAACCGUGCGCAGUGUUAACUUUUCUGGUGACGGACAUACUCUGGUAACUGCUUCAGAUGACAAGACCAUCAAAGUAUGGACCGUCCACAGGCAAAAGUUCCUCUUCUCUCUGAACCAGCACAUCAACUGGGUCCGCUGUGCCAAGUUUUCUCCAGAUGACCGGUUGAUUGCAUCAUCCAGUGAUGAUAAGACAAUAAAACUGUGGGACAAGAACAGCAGAGAGUGCAUUCAUUCUUUCUAUGAACAUGCUGGUUAUGCAAACUGUGUGGACUUUCAUCCCAGUGGAACGUGCAUUGCUGCAGCUAGCACCGACAACUCUGUCAAGGUUUGGGACAUCAGAUCCCAUAAGAUGCUACAGCACUAUCAAGUUCACAGUGGUGUGGUGAACAGUUUGGCUUUCCACCCAGCUGGCAGUUUCCUAAUCACUGCAUCCAGCGAUUCCACAAUGAAAAUACUGGACCUCGUAGAGGGCAAACUGCUGUAUACACUGCAUGGACACCAGGGUUCAGCCACCUGCGUGGCCUUCUCUAGGACAGGCGAAUACUUCUCUUCUGGAGGCUCGGAUGAACAGGUAAUGGUGUGGAAGAGCAACUUCGACUGUGUUGAAGGCAAUGAUGGUGUCAGACUGCAACAUAAAACUGCUGUCAGCCUUCAGGCACCACCAGCCAGCUCUACGGCUCGCUUCCCCCUUAACUCGCAUCCAUCUGUGCUCCAAAGCCAGACCUCUGAACCGCCAGAGCAUUUUCACAGACAGGACUCUCAAAGUGCUGCCGACACUCAGAGCUGCAGUCGUAGUGGCAGCCACAGCAGAGCGAAUCAUUCCCACACCUACAAAAACCCCGGCAUCAGUUCCUCCGCUACCCACCGGACACAAGCCCAGAGCUUACAGCAGCGGUCACGUCGGGAACAGGCACAAUCCCAUGCUUCAGAUGGAGGGGUCCCCCCUGGUCUAGCAAACACCCUCGAACACAUCAUAGGUCAACUGGAUAUUCUUACCCAGACGGUUUCAAUCUUGGAGCAGCGUCUGACACUGACAGAGGACAAGCUCAAGGAGUGUUUGGAGAACCAAAUGGAGAUCGGUUUACAUCUCCAGAGAGGAGAGGAGGCUUAAAGAUGGCGACAGAAAGGUUGAGCUGUGGUGUGGUGUAGUGUGUUGUGGGGGGAAAUUACGGUCACAGCAACACCAUAGACAGAACUUUACGUAAUGUUGCUGGUAAAGAUAGGAGAUUUUACAUAUUCAUUCGCGCAUUCACAUGUACAGCGAGGACCUUAAAUGCACACUGAGCCUUACUGCUGAUGCAAGGUUUCUGGUUAUUUCACAAAGAGAUAUCAGACGUGAAGGAGGUGAAUAUUAGAGAAGUUCCUCUACAGCAGUGCUGAGCGCGCAGUCUCUUUUCUGCUGACAAAGGACCUGUGGCUACCAGUCCUCUGUGUGUGUGUGUGUGUGUGUGUGUGUGUGUGUGUCUGUGUGUGUGGGUGUGUGUGUGUGUGUGUGUGAGAAAGUCACAACACACACCACAUAAAGAGGACUUUCAUGCUUGCCUGUGCACUGCGCAUGUGUUCAUUUUUAUUUCAGUUUGUCUUCCACAGAAUGGCAUCAGUGGAAAAGCCCAUUUAUGUACGUAAACUACCAAAUUGUUCAUUGGCAUGUUUAACACAUAUUAAAGGAUACGUCUGUGUUUCUGUUAUUGUCAGCCGAUCCCAAGACUCUAACCACCGUGUGCUGAUGCUAGUAACAGGCUAAUGCUUGAUGCAAGGUAUUCCUCUGUGUCGCAGACCUCCAUUGUUGUCCAACAGCUGGUAAAAACACGUUAGUAAGCCACGCUGAAGAAUGCAUUUGUUUAUUACGGUAUUUUCUGUACAGCACCUGUGAAGCACCUUGUUUACUUCCUAACUUCCUCAGUUCCUUUGAAGAGGUCAUUGAGUUUAGUGUCAUGAACAGGGCUGGGGAAGUAAAACACAUUUGGGGAAUUGUUGACAAUAAGAAAAAUUUAAAGUGACACCAGACGGAUUUUCUUUUUCUUUUUUUUUACUACUGUUUGAAAGACAAUCAUCCAGAGCCAUCCCUGUUUAUCUUGUGGCUUUUAUACACUGAAAGUAAGUUAUUGUGUACACUUCUUGAAUGUUUUAAACUCUGGCAUGAAAUUAGUUAAUAAAGUCAUUCUGGGUUCUCUUUCUUAA